UGAGAUAACAAACUCUUCUGAAUAAACAAUAUUUGAUAAUAUUACAAUUUAUAGCCUUUAGCAAACUCCCUUUUCAAAAUCACACACAAUACUGUUUUGUAGAGAUACAAAUAGUGUUACACCCAGCAUUCAAAAACAGACAGUAGAAAGAUUUACGUGCAGGAAGCUGAUCUCAGAAAUUCUAAAUAUUUUAAUAUCUGAAGGUGUUCUUCCAAAGUAUCACCAGAAACGUCUACAAUUCAGACACAGUGCUGCUCACAGCUUAUUGACUUGUUGAAUAUGGUGUGGAGCUGAUGCAGUCUGAAACGUUGAUCCUGGAUCCAUGGAUACACACAUUGUGGCUGCCACAGAGCUGAGUUGUUAAGAUCUCUGUCAAAAAGUGAGACAUGGAGGAGGAAGCGCAGAUGGAGCAGUCUUUAGUAAACGCAGUGUCAAACAAUGAAAAACAUCAGUUUUUCAAAAACAAAAGUCCAAUUAAGAAGCAGAGGAUGGAUGGUCAGAAAACAGACAUAAACAAACACAGGCAAAAACAUGGGAGUCAGGGAUCAAAAACAGAGGUCGAAUAAAUGAGAUCUAAACAUCUAACAAGCUGGUAAUUAAACAGGGAUAUGGGAUUAAGUGGAAGUGUUUUCCCAAAGCAGCAACAGAAAUUAGAUUGAUUACACACUGUAACUGACCAGAAGCUCCUUUUGUGUUUGAAAUUUGAAAGCAUUUGUAAAGUGCUUAUGAAGUUCACAAAUAUUUCAGACACACUUCCUGUUCAGCUCUUUCUCACAAAGAUAGAAGGGGAAGUGGGUGCAGCAUCACUUUAUGGGUAAGACACAGAUGAAGACACAACACAUUCAUAGAGCAGGACAGAGACAGUAACAGUGUGUAACAGAACGGAGCUUUAAUAUAUUUUUGAAGCAAAGUAGAGAUCUGUGAGAGUGAACUCAGGAUGAAGAUUCUCCUCAUCUUCACCCUCUGUCUGAUCUCAGAUGGAGGAGCCUCAAAGGAAGUGACAGCAUAUUCAGGAGGAGGAAUCCUUAUCAAGUGCAAGUAUGAUACAGCAUACAGAUAUAACAAAAAAUAUUUCUGUAAGGGUUCAUGGGCAGUCUGUUCUGACCAAAUAAAGACAGGAGAUAAAAACCAGUGGGUAAAUUCAGGAAGAUUCUCACUGUUUGAUGACACCAAAUCAUCAGAGUUCUGGGUGAUGAUCAGAGAGCUCACUGUACAGGACACUGGGACGUAUCAGUGUGGAGUUGAUAGAACUUCAGUGAUAGACAUUUACACACCGGUGGAACUGAAGGUAAAGGAAGGGUCCUUGGUCUCUAGAGAAGUGACUGCAUAUGCAGGGGGAAGAAUUAACAUCAAAUGCAGAUAUGAGGAUGAAUAUAAAGACAAAUCAAAAUCAUUCUGUAAGAUCGGAACACAUCAGUGGUGUUUUAAUCAAAAACAAACAAAACUGAACAGUGAUUGGUCACAUAAUGGCAGAUUCUCAAUUCAUGACAACAGAAGUGCAGGAUUCUUCAGUGUGUUUAUCACAGAGCUUAAUAUAGAGGACACAGGAACAUACGCGUGUGGUGGUGUUGUGUCUGAUAAUCUGGCGGUCUACACUGUAGUGACACUGAAUGUAAGAGAAGAUCUGUCCUAUGAGAAGUCCAUCAGUGAGACUGUCCAUGUAGGAGGAGAUUUAACUGUCAGAUGUAAAUACCCACAAUCCCUGAGGAAUGACCCCAAGUUUCUCUGCAGGAGGACGCAAGAUUUUACUUGUUUUUAUAAGGACUCUGUUAAAGAGAAUAGAAAAUAUUUAAAUAUUGGGAAAUUCUCCCUGUAUGAUGACAGAGAAAAACAAAUCUUCACUGCAAGUAUUAGAGAUGUAACUAAGCAGGACUCUGAAUACUGGUGUGGAGCUGAAAAAGCCUGGACAUCUGAUCAUGGAUACAAGGUUUAUUUCACACGGAUCAACCUGACAGUCACUGAUCCAUAUAUCCCAGUUUCAACCUCAAAGCCAACACGUCCUUCAUCAUCAUCAUCAUCAUCAUCAUCAUCAUCAUCAUCAUCAUCAUCAUCAUCAUCAUCAUCUUCAUCAUCACCAUCAUCAUCAUCAUCAUCAUCAAUAUCAUCCCCACUUCUUCGUCUCACAGAUAAAAACAAAUCCUGGACUACUCCAGCUUCUCCUCCAGCAGGAUUUCCAGCUUUCACUGUUAUCACUGUGUCUGUAAUUCUGCUGCUGCUUCUGAUUGGAACCAUAAUCCUCACUGUGGUUUUACAAAAGAAUUGCAGUAUGCAAGCAACAGCAGUUUCUGUUGGCCAGCAUUGUGACCAAAAAUCAGGAAAUGACCAGAGUGUUUUCUAGCAGUGGAACUAUGAAGAAAUUAAAUAUGCUGAAAGUCUGAUUUACACAACAGUGAUUUUUUUUACAGCAAUGCCAAUAAAGAUGCAGCCACAAUCAUUAAUGAUGAUGUGUUGUGUGACUAUACUUCAGUCACUUACACUAUUGUAUGUGGAUACAUUAUUGGAUCAUGAUUAAUGCUCCAAGCAUGUGGCACUGAAUCUCUACUAUUUUGUUCGGAUAUUAUUUCUAUUAUUUCUUCUUCUUCACCAAAACCAAUAUGUGAUGACAUAUUUGUUACAUGUAGAACCAGUAAAUUAUCUUUAAAAGAGAUUACAUUUUAAUUAGGGAUGUCCUGAUCGUUUUUUUUUUUUGCCCUCGAGUCCGAGUCACUUGAUUUUGAGUAUCUGCCGAUACCGGGUCCCGAUCCGAUACUUCUAUAAUACAUUAAAAAAGAAUAAAGAAGAGCGAAUAAACAGAUCCAGGAUGCUCCUUAUUUUUUAUUUAAUUCACCUUAUUUUAACAUUCAACAACAUCUGUUAACAAACAAAGCACUUCUGUGAGGUAGCUUAAACAAUCAGGUAAUAAAUAACAUAAAUUCUUUACUUUUGGACUUUAGUGCAACAAUAAAUAUAAAAAAGUCUAAUAUAAAAACAAAUAGCACCUCAACUUAAAAUACCCGGCAGACAUGAUACCAGAAGGAAAUCCAGAAGGAAAUGUAUGUUUUUCUUAUUGAAAGAUUUUUUUUCUUAUGUUUUUCUUCUUAUUUCUUACUAUAGAUGUUUUUAAAAAUAAUGAGAAUAUUUACAUAUAUAUCCGAGUCCUGAUCCGGAGGAAACAACCGAUUCCGAUCGAGUCUGAAACCACGUGAUCGGGCCUGAUUUCCGAUCACGUGAUCGGAUCGGGACAUCCCUAAUUUAAAUUAAGAGAUUACAGUUACUUUAAUUGUGUAUUUUGGUUUAUUUUGGUGAAAAUGUUGGAUUUUCUUUAUUCUUUAAAAAUAUCCAAUCACCUGAUUAGAUUCUGAGCUAAUUUGCAUGAUUGCAUCAUUGCACUGUAUAUUAAUCCUUUUUAAAUUUGCCUAAUUCCUUUAAUCUAUCUAUCUAUCUAUCUAUCUAUCUAUCUAUCUAUCUAUCUAUCUAUCUAUCUAUCUAUCUAUCUAUCUAUCUAUCUAUCUGAAACUCUUAACUUGUAUUAUGUUCAUCAAUAAUAAAUUAAGGUUUUGACACUGGAAAA